GUGGAACUGGCUGAACUUGGUCUAAUACCUUGCUGCUUGUUUAUUGACUUACUUGACUUGUUUAUCACGAUGCUAGCCCACCAUUGCUUGAAGUGUGAAAUGUCCUGUCUGGUCUUGUCUGGUCUCCUCCCUUGCUUCUCCCCACUGGAGUCCAUCUACAUAAUGUAAAGUCGCAUCCUUUUACUAUGCAUCAACCAGUAUUCCACCUUGGCAUAUGGCUCAGGCUACGUGGCGAGGAUCUCAUCACCAUGCCCUGAUGGGUGCCCUGGGCCUUGGAAUAUAUGAAGCUUCUUCUGCACCCAGCAGAUCUUUCCCAGUAUAUUUCCAAGACGGUCAAGUUGUGUACCCACAACUUGCAUAUCCUUUUCGUACAGAAAUCAUACCCAUCUACGCAGCUGCUCUGAUUGCAUUCUUUGCCCCUCUUCUGCUGUCUCUUUCAACUUUGCUGACAAACGAUCUCCUCACCACUACUAUGGGACUUCUCAAGAGCUUUAUAACUGCUGCAGUCUUAUUCCCUCGAGUCGUUCCCAUCCGGUGGGCGCGCAUAAUCCAGCCUUUUGGAAAAUGAUACUGCUCUUUUGCCCGCUGUUGGGGCCAAUCCUGAUCUCUGGCACGCUGACAAUCGAUGAGUGUACGUGAUUUCAAUUCAUGCUUCA